GGGCGCUCAGACUAUAAACCCUAUUAUAGUCGUUGUCUCCGUCUAUAAAAUCCUUGCAGAACCCCCAGACCUUAGCCUCCUUACAAACUUAGAAAGUAGCUAGCUCUCAUUUGCCAAUUUCAUUGACGAUGGAGUUUUGGGGUGUUGAAGUUAAAGCUGGGGAACCACUUAAGGUCAAACCCGAUAAUGGAUCAUUGAUUCACAUCUCACAGGCCUCAUUGGGUGAGGUUAAGGAUGUCAAAGGAGCCAAGAGAGUUUCCCUUCGGCUCAAAGUUGACAAUAAGGACUUUGUUAUCGGUUCUCUUUCGGCUGAAGACAGGACUCAGGUGAUGUUUGACUUGGUUUUCGAGAAGCAAUUUGAACUCUCACAUGAUCUGAAACAUGGAAGUGUGUACUUCAUGGGUUAUGUUGCUGAUGACCCAAUUUCAGACAUUGAUGAUGUCUCCUCUGAUGAUUCUGAGGAUGUGUCUGAGGACGAGCAACUGGAAAAUCAGGAUAAUGGUGAUGUUAAGCCCAAGACUGAGGAUGCUAAGGCUGCUAAUGGUGCUGCGGCUGCCAAUGAAGCUAAGGCAGCAAAAGCUGCGCCUGAGCCUGUGAAGAAGGAUGAGAAGCUUGAUUCUGAUGAUAGUGAAGAUGACUCUGAAGAUGUUGAUGAAAUGGCACUUGAUGCAUCAUCCUUUGGAGUCGACUCUAGUGAUGAUGAGUCUGGUGAAGAUUCUGAUGAAGAGGAUGAUGAUUCUGAUGAUGAGGAGGAAGAGCCUACCCCAAAGCAAGCAAAGAAAAGGCCUGCAGAAAAAGCUCCAGAUAUGGCCGCCAAGAAGGCUAAAGCCUCUACACCUGAUAAGACAGGUAAGAAGGGUCAGAAUGCAACUCCUCUACCUUCAAAACCUGCUGCUACUAAAGCUCCGGCUGGAAAAGCUCCCAACAAAUCAAAACAAAGCCCUAAAGCUGGUGGUGGUCAAUUUUCUGGCAAAUCUGGGAACAAGUUUAAUUCGAAGAAUGGCAAGGGUAAACGUGGAGGGAAAUGAGUGAUUGAAGAUUGAAGCAAAUUUUUUAUUCAUUUUGGGGUAUUGCUGUUUUGGCUAUGGUGGAUUUUUAGCAGGGACUAGGAAUACGCAAGCCUAGUUCUAUUUUGGGAAAUCCAUCAUAUUUUACUUCCCUUUUUUGAUUUUUUUUUUCUUUUUCAUUUUUAUCGGAUUGUAUGCUUGGAGUUUUGAGCUAAUGCUUUUUAUUGUUGAAGUCGAUUCGUAGUAUUCUCUUUCCGAAAUUAUCUAAAAAGUAAAUGGGAAAAUUACAUACAUAUAUCCUCCUAUAGAUAUGUUUACAUAUAUACGUUCCGUUGAAAAUUUAAUCAAAAGUGAAUUCAGUAGUAGUUUUU